AUGUCCGACCCAGGCAACCACCCAGACACCCCCAACAUCCCCACCUCCUCCGCCGUCCUUCGGAUCCAAAGCUCCAUCCUCAUCGACGCACCCAUCCAAGACGUCUGGAACGCACUCACAGACACAUCAACAUACCCAAAGUGGAACCGGUUCGUGCCGCGAGUGACGGUGCGCAAGCAGCCGGAGGACUCUAAUAGCGACGAUGCGGUCCUGAGAAACGGAACGAAAUUCACCUUCCACGUUAACAUGUACCCGGAGACCAACGACGUCCCGCAGCCGGAUGCAUCGGGGUUACAGGAUACAUUUCUCCAGAUUAUUGAGAUUAAAGCGCCGACGACUGAAGGUAAAAAGGGCAGAGUUGUCUGGGCGAGUGAUCCCGAUGCAGGCGGGCUGGUAUCCGCACUUCUUACUGCCGAGCGCGUGCAUGAAGUUUCCGAGGUUGAGGAUGGGAAUGGGAACAGGGUGACCGAGGUGCGCAAUUGGGAGAGCCAGGUGGGGUAUCUUGCUUAUGCAGUGAAGUGGAUGUUUGAGGGCCGGUUGAGGGGGAAUUUCGGGGCUUGGGAGGAGGGGUUGAAGGGAUUUGCGGAGAGUGAGGCGAAGAAUGUCGGGAAAUAG